AUCCCUUAUAAAAUCUCUUGUAUAAUAAAUUAAAAUGCGAAUCACUUUUCUUUUUAAUAUCACGAUAUUUUUUUUAGUUAUAUCUUAGGCUCGCUUGAAUUACUUUUUGAAUCAUCCGUCACAUACCCUAGUUUUUUACUCUAAUCCUCUAUCCUCUGUUUGCGUAUGGGGGAAUCAGACAAAAUAUAACAAUAAGUAGGCAUGGAGCUUCCAUCUUUGAUGGAACAUCCAAGAAUGGUAAUUGGGAAGCGUAGUAUAAUGGCUAAUGGGUUGAUUGCAUUGAUGAUGAUGACUUGACGACACCCCCUUUUUCCUUCUGUAUCUAUAUAUAGAUACCAGACAUCCAAUUACAAAUGGCAUCCUCGGCGUCCUUGCUUCAUUACACAACACCUCCCGUAAUUAAUCUUCGAAGAAGCGGUAAAUUAGGUUCAUCGCCCUCCAAUUCGAAUCCGAAUUCGCCGUCGUCUUCUUCUUCAUCUACGUGUUCCUCGUCCUCGUCUUCGUCUUGGCCGUGUUGCCAGGGAUUUUCGUGGACUUUCUCCAACUGUUUCGGAAUAAAACACCUAAGCCUUAGAGCUCAAGCUAUGAGCACAACCCAAGGGAACUUUACAUCUCCAAGGUCUGCAAAUUCUGUCAAAGAAGAACAUGAUCAUCUUCUUGUCCUUGUUCAUGGAAUCUAUGCAAGCCCAAGUGACUGGAGAUAUGUAGAAGCAGAGUUAAAAAGACGUUUGGGAAAACACUUUUUGAUAUAUGCAAGUUCAGCUAACACUUACUCCAAAACCUUCGCUGGAAUUGAUGGAGCAGGAAAACGGUUAGCAGAUGAAGUGAAGCAAAUAGUGAAAAGUACAGAUAGCCUGAAGAAGAUAUCAUUUUUAGCCCAUUCACUUGGUGGUUUGAUUGCAAGAUACGCAGUUGCUGCUCUUUAUACUUCAACACCACAUCUUGGAGUCAGAGGGAACAAACAGCUUCCAUUUCUACUUGGUGUUCCUAUUUUGGAGAGAAUAGCUGCUCCAAUGGCUCCAAUAUUUGUUGGAAGAACUGGUAGUCAGUUGUUCCUUACAGAUGGUAGACCUGAUAAACCACCUCUACUUUUAAGAAUGACAACAGAUUGUGAUGAGGGGAAGUAUAUGUCUGCCCUUGGUGCCUUUAGACACCGUAUUUUGUACGCCAAUGCCUCAUAUGAUCAUAUGGUUGGUCGACGCACAUCCUCAAUCAGAAGAGAAUCUGAACUUGUGAAGCCUCCUUUGCAAUUUUUGGAUGGGUAUAAACAUGUUGUGGAUGUGGAGUAUUGCCCUCCUGUUUUAUCUACAGGAGCUAGUUUUCCUCCUGAAGCAGCAAGGGCAAAAGAAGCUGCCCAAAAUGUACCAAAUCCCCAAAAUACCCUCGAAUAUCACGAAAUUUUGGAAGAGGAAAUGAUUUGUGGAUUACAACAGCUCGGAUGGAAAAAAGUUGAUGUCAGUUUCCACUCUUCGUUUUGGCCUUUCUUUGCUCAUAACAACAUCCAUGUGAAAGAUGAGUGGUUUCAUAAAGCAGGAGCUGGAGUAGUUUCUCAUGUUGCUGACACCAUUAACCAACAAGAAAAGCAACACCAAUCUUCCUCUUUCAUCUCUGCAAGUUUGUAGAAAAACAAAUUUCAAAUAAUACUUUGGUUUGGACCAUUUUGCCCAUGGUAUGUGUAUAUGCAAGUACAUAUCCUUUUGGAUAUGAUGUCACAUUAAAGUAUAAUAACAUAUUUUUUUUGUAUAUGUAGAGUAGUUAUUGUUUAGAAGAUGAAAUGAAAUCAGGAGAUGCCAAUUUGAACUACUAGUUUUAUUUUUGCUAUAAAAUAUGGAAUUUUGGAUGUAUAAGAAAAUUUGUUGCAUAUCAUUAUGUCAUAUAAAGAGGACAAUGGAAUCCAUCUUCAUUGAUCAAGUCCCCCACAACCUGUUAUCAUCCAAAACAAAACAGAUACACAGCCAUGAAUAUAGUUAUGG